AGCUGUUUUUGGAGGUAUGUAGAUAAGAGAUGCACAAACUCGAAGCUUUUGAAAUCCUGUUCAUAUUUUCUAAUGAAAACAAUGACUAAAUUGGCAAAAACGGCUUUAAAUUUGAAGCAGUUUAUGCUGCGCCAAGAGGUGCUGAAGUUGUAUCGCGAAAUUUUCCGUACUAUAAGGCUUGUUCCCGACAAAACCAACCAGCGGGAAUUACGUGAUUGGGCACGCCACGACUUUCGGACGCAUAGUGGCCAGACAGAUGAAUUGGCUAUCAAAAUGAUGAUUCAAUAUGGACGACGUAGCCUUACUGAGCUGCAGACGAGUUUGGAUUUGAGCGGAGCUGGCAAGGGGAAGACUGCGAAUGUAGUAUCAAACGAUAGUGAGAAAUCCAAUAAGAAAAAUAUAACAAAUAAUUUGGAAAAUUAGUUAAUAAAAGCGGUGAAAGAACUUUUGGAGAUGAAUGGGUCCGGGCCAUUUGAAUAAAUACUAAGCAAUUGCUUUUUCUAAAAAGUUUCAGACUUUUUACUCGAUUUAUUCAAACAAGAUUGAAGUAAAAGGGCUGAAAUUUUAAGAAGCAAUUGCUUAGUUUUUAUUCAUACGGCAAAAUAUUUGUAUCCAUAUAAUUGAAACGAAACUCAUAGAUUGAAUACAUGUUCGUUUAUUUGCAUGUUUGUGCAUAUUAUUUGGUAAUUCAGCAGUUCCGAUUUAGUGCCAUAUGCGACAACCCACAAAAGUUUCUAAUCUAACUUAUGUAUGGAUUAUUACUUGUACGUAAUUCAACGUGCGUACAUUACACGAAAAUGUUAACUAGAUUUAAUGCACGCUACUUGCACCUGCAACUACAUCUUUUAUAAUCAAAGUUUACAGCGUUUUGCUAAUUAAUUAUUACGGAGCUUACGUCCGUUUGGUAGAAAAAUUAUAAAUUAUAAAAUUUAUAACCUUAGCAAACAAUUAUCCGGCUUAGCUUAAAAUUCGUUUUAAAAAUAAAUAUUUAGAGUACGAUUUAAGUUAAGAAAA